UUGCCCGGGCCCCUUUUGCAGGCGCGCGUGCCCGCGGGAGCCGGAAGCCGGGCGGCGCGGCCUCCUCUAGGCGUUCCCUCUCGAUGGUCGGGAGGCCAGCCAGCUUCCGGCCAGCCCUCCUUCCUCCUGUCGAGCUGCUGAGGCUGCUCAGGGCGGAGGAGGCAGGCUGGGGAGCUGCAGUUAAUUUAGGUAAGUACAGCAUUUGCUCGCCUGGCCCUGACUUGGAAAGCGUGAAGAUGUCUGAUGAGGAGGAAAAACUUAAUCUGCGUCGCCUCGAGCCGGCUAUCCAGAAGUUUAUUAAAGUUGCGAUUCCAACGGAUUUGGAGAGACUGCGGAAGCAUCAGAUAAAUAUCGAGAAGUACCAGAGAUGCAGUCUGUGGGACCGGUUGCACGAAGAGCACAUCAAUGCGGGGCGCACAGUGCAGCAACUGCGAGCAAAUAUCCGAGAGAUGGAGAAGCUUUGCGUGCGGGUUCGAAAGGAAGACCGUCAGGCUCUGGAGCGGAUGAUCAGCCCGGUGAAAGAGGAGGCCUUGUCUGCCAUCCAGGAAUUUCUGCGGCUCCAUUCAGAGUCCGCGGAAGAACUUAAAAGACAGUUGAACGAACGAGAGGCGUCGGCUCAGUCACCGCUGACCAGGUCGAUGACCAUCGCGGGAGAGACGUUUCAUGACCCCGAAACGGAAGGCGCCUCUCACAGUUAUAGCCAGCUGUUUUCUCCGCUCCCCGAAAUCCCCCAGGAUCAAAAUGCUGCUGAAUCGUGGGAAACUUUGGAAGAGGACCUGAUUGAACUUGGCAGUCUAGUGACUGACUUCUCUCUGGUGGUUAAUGCCCAGCAGGAGAGGAUCGACCGGAUCGAAGACCACGUCAACACUGCCACGGCGAACGUCGAGGAGGGAACCAGAAGCCUGGGGAAGGCUGCCAAGUACAAGCUGGCCGCUCUACCUGUGGCAGGUGCGCUCAUUGGCGGCGUGGUGGGGGGCCCGAUCGGACUCCUUGCCGGUUUCAAGUUGGCUGGAAUUGCGGCCGCGCUCGGCGGGGGCUUGCUGGGCUUCACCGGCGGGAAACUGAUCCAGCGGAAGCGGCAAAAGACGAUUGAGGACAUCUCCUGCAGUUGCCCUGACCUUCCCAGACGAGAUGAUGGACAGCACACCUGAAGGCCAACCGCCUUGAGCCGGCGAGACCGGCCGGCUUGCUGCCUUUGAUUUGAAUGUACCUCAGAUCCCUGUGAGCAGGAAGCGUUGCUUUGGUGUUUUCUCCUGUCGGGAACCGGAAAAGAUUUGUCCUGAAAGACUUUUCCCGAUGGAUUGCACCAGCGCCUCCAAGAAUUACUCGUUUAGACCUGAAGUCAUAGUAAAAAGAAGGUUGUGGGGAGUCUGCCGGAUUUCCCCUACUGUAUAUUUUAAAGGCUUUUUACAGCGUUCACAAAAUGCCUUCCCCCCUCCCCCCCACCCCCCGCUGGAAAACUGAAGGGAUUUUAAGACAAUAUCUUCGAGCGUAUGCCCUUUGGUGCCUCAGCGAUUCAAAACGCUUCGUGCCACACAAGUGCCCAAAGAUUCCUUUUACAGAAUGAGGGCUUGACACUUCCAGGGCUACCUGUGUUUGGGUCGCAGGGAGAGCACAGGAGAGGCUGGGCUCUGGUGGGGGGAGGGACAUAGAUUGAAGCUCACCCCUCUCGGCUUUUGUUGCAGUCCUCCUGAGUAGGUUGGCAGUGACAAUCCGCUCCCUUUUCCUCCAGAUACUACUGUUUUUGCAGGUUUUUUUUUUUUAAGAGAACAGAGUCAGGUUGGACUCUGGCUCUGUUUGAAAGUGUUACUUCAUGGGGGAGGGGGAAUCACACGGUUGCUUCAUGAAUAAAUUUCACAGGCUAUGGCCUGUCUGCAAACACCUUUUUUUACCAACUGAGGCAGAGUUUGAAGGAUCCCUAUGGGCUAGAUGCUGGUUGUAGGACAGGAGACCGCAUUUUGGUUCUUCUGAAUUCCCUUCUCCUGCCCUCAUGGACUGAGAACUGAGAGAAGGCAAGGAAACCUUGGCCAAAGACAACAGGUGCCAACCAAAGCCCCUCGCUCGGUCGGCCUAGUUCGUCACGUGGCUUUGAUAAUCUUCUGAGUAAGAACCUGAUGAUUUUGAGGCCCCCGGCUCAAAUUUUAGGAUUGCAAAAUGGUUUAAUAAAGCAAAACAAUGUUUUAUUCUUUUGACUGGA